UCAAGCAGAAUCACGAUGACAUUGAUCAAUUAUUAUUUCUGUACCAAGAAUGCCUGAAGGAAAGGCUCCUUGCUCUUUGUCUUACAGUUAUUAACUUGAAUCAGCGAUUCUGCCGCCAAUCAUUUGAAAAAGAUGAACUAACUGGUUCAUUUAUUAUCUGGCUGUAUCAGUGGCAUAGCGUGACCUUUCUCGCUGGGUAGGGGGGAGGGUGUAAGAAUUGCAAAACCAUAUUUUACCGACAGAAAUUAUUUUGUUUCAUUUGGCAUCAAAUUAUUUUGUUACAAAUGUAAUUCCACCUACGAGUUCUCUGGAAGUUAGGGGGGGGGGGUGUAACACCCCACACCUUAACCACACGCUACGCCCCUGAGCUGUAUAUAGGAUAUCAUAUUAUUGAGUAUGAAUCAUGUAAUUCCCAUAAUUUGGUAAAGUUAAGUGUUGAUGAUUUUUAUUUUCAUUCUAGCUAUCAUCGAAAUAUUACCAAAUUCAUCUGUUGACCUCACGGACGCAUUCGUAUGAUAUGCCUACCCAGUUUCUUGUUCUUAGAAAAUCGGAUGUUGGGUGAGGCAGUAACUGCAGUACUGAACUGAUUGCUAGAUAUCUAACUGUCGUCAAAAUGAGUAAUGUCAUCCCGACUCUGCCACAUCAUGGAGCAAAGGGUAUUAAUCUGGCUCCAAAUAACUUCAUGCCUAUAGAACGCACAAAAGGACCACCGCAUUUGAAGAAUCAUUUACCUCCAAAAAGCAUGAAGGUUUCUACUGUAACAGUGAUUAAAAAUCGAAGAAAGAGAAUCCAGGCAAGCAGUCAUAAUCAAGAGAGGGUUGCUGUCUCGUUACCAGGCUUGAAAGAAUGUCUUGAAUACCGGCCACCCCUGAAUACCGAUUUGACCGGACCAACUAUUUAUAGCUAUGAAACGCCAAGGGAUAAACCUGAAAUGACCUCUUUCCCAUCAUUCACAAUGAGGCCCAAGACACAAACAAACAGAGACGGAGGUGACCGCACAGCUUGGGGAAAAGAGUGGUUUUCCCAUAAUUAUGUAUGGCUUCAAAAAGCUGAUUAUGAUCCAAGGAUUAAAUGGCCAUCUCCAGCUCAUUACGAUAUUCCUGCUGCUGUUGGACAUUCAAGCACUUCUUAUAACCAUGCCCCAUCGUUUAGCUUUGGGAAAAGAUCGGCGUUUUCUUUAACUCGGAAAGGGCUCGAAAACGAACCAUCACCAAAUGCUUAUAACUUUGGUAAAAGUAAGGAUCAUACCAUGAAUAAGAAUGUGGCAUUUACCAUACGGGAAGGUAGAAAGAAAGGCACAGUUUUAUGGAGAAAACGAGAAUCUGUGCCUGGUCCAGGCUCCUACGAGAUAUCGACUGAAUCUAAAUACAUCAAACCUCGAAGAGCAGCUUUUUCAUUCGCGACAUCGCCAAGAAAGUUCGAUUUAAAAACUCGUUAUACAUUGUAAUCUCAAUGCACCUAAAAAUCUUGGUAUCUGUAAUUUUUUUAAUGCUGUGAUAAAGUAUUUUUACAUCGAAUUGUUUUUGGUAUA